UUAGUACGGCUACGGCCAGUCUGAGAUAUGUGAUCAAGUUACACUGUGCUAUCUUGUUUUUUUUUUUUUACUCAAACUUUCGUCGAAGGUUUGAAAAAAAGGGGAGACAGUUUUGUAAAGACGAGAUUUCAAGUGAUAAAGAAGUUGGAAUAUCAUCCAUCCCGGGACGGAAUUUCGUUUCAAUUCGUCUUGUGGAGGGAACGGCUUCAAAAUUCUAUCUUCACUCCCUGCUGCCGUCAUGCUCAACAAUUUGAGCAUAAUGGGUUCCAAUCCAGUCGGCAAGGAUUGCGACGAAGUCAAACGUCAAAUCCUGGCCAACCACGGUAGUGGCGGGGAAGUCAAAUCCCUGGCGCAGGACCACAUCGGCCAGCACCACCACCAUCACCACCACCAUGGGCUCCACCAGGGUUCGCGGCUGGAGUUCCACGCGGCCGCGGCCGCCGCUGCCGCCGCCGCCGCCGCAGGCCUGUCCCUCCCGGGACCGCAAAUUUCCGAAGACAGUUCGAAACCCUCCAAGCAGAAACGUCAUCGGACCAGAUUCACCCCAGCCCAGCUCAACGAACUCGAAAGAUGCUUCUCUAAGACUCACUACCCCGAUAUUUUCAUGAGGGAGGAAAUAGCGAUGAGGAUCAACCUUACUGAAUCUAGAGUCCAGGUGUGGUUCCAAAACCGAAGAGCGAAAUGGAAGAAGCGAAAGAAGACUACUAACGUCUUUAGAAGUCCAGGAUCAUUGCUGCCUUCCCAUGGGCUUCCUCCUUUUGGCUCGAUGACAGACACCAUCUGCCCUUCGGGGAUGUUCGGCUCACCGGAGAGCCGAUGGGGUGUUCCUUCUGUUGCUUCAGGUUUAAGUCAACUAAGCCAAUCAGCUGUGCCGAUGGGUGGCUUCAGCCAAUUAUCAUCUCACCAAACAUCAAUAGGCUCUUCAAUUCCCAUUUCUACAUCGAUGGCAUCUAACGGUUCUGCUGUAUAUCAAGCGCAUUACGGCAUAAAUCCCUUAGGCACUGGGUCCAUCUACAUUCCAGGUUUUGAUGUCACUCAAACACUCUUCAGCUUUGCGCCAUCUUCAGUGAGGGACUCAACAUUGACAUCAAAACCCGCGAGUGUACACGGACCCAGUUAGUGACCCAGUGCCAGUUCAACAUUUGUCCAUCACUACAAAUCCAGUAUUUUAUGGACACGAAGCUAGUGCAGGUGAAAAUUUAAAUUAGUUGAAAGAAAGAAAAACAAAUGUUUCAUCCUGACUUCAUAAAAGGCUAGCAAUAUUUACCAAAACCUGCUGGCAACGUAUAGAAAUAUUUUGUGAUACAUUUCUAGUGGAUUAACAGAAAUGUAUUUUAUUUAUAAAAAUUUAAGGCAAAAUCAUCAGUUUUACUUUUCAAAAUGGACAAUAUAAAAGUAAAA